CACCGCCACCACCCCCACCACCGUCCCUUCCCCUUACCCUUCCACUACCUCUUCUGCCGACGCUUCCGUUAAAGGUUGUCUGUGUUUUGUUGCGUUGAAUUUGAAUUUUGGAAUUGGAAUUUGAAAAGACCUAAUCCAAACACUAAUUCUCAUGCACUUUGGGCUUCGAAAAAAACCGAUUCGAGCAAUUUCAGACGGCGGAACACGGCAUCAGUGAAACAAACACUCAUGAACUUGCGCUUAUUCCGAUCAACUUAUUUUACCUCACGUUUACCCAAUUUUCCUCUCCAAUUUUCUUGUCUGGUGAAGAUGAGCAGUGGCGUGAACUGGAGUCCCUCCUGUAGAUAUGCAAUUGGCCGUGAACCUGUAACAGUAGGAUCUGAUGGACUUGAAGAAUCCCAUGUCAAAAUGAAUACUUCACCGCAGAUGACAGUGGAGAAUCUGUUGAACCAAGCAAAUUCCUUGGAUGCUUCAGAUCCUGCCAAUGAGCAGGAAUGGCCUUCUCUUUCUGCUAGUGGUAGUUCUGGUGCAAAGGGUAGAAGAAGAACUAGGAUUGACUUGGGAACCCAGCUUUGGCAAAGACCCAAGGACAGAGCAAGAGACAGUCGAUCAUUACAACACGGAACCUCAUUUAUAGCAAAUUCUACAAGCCAUCAGGACGGACCUUCUUUGCCUACAAGAUUUGGGAAGAAGCAUAUGCUUCCUUCCAUUCGAAAAUCCACACUUAAUCAAACGCAUCCUGCACAUGCAUCUGGGAAUGAAAAUUCAGCUUGUGUCAAGGGUCUACCUGUGGUUCUACCAUUUGAUAUCUGCCUCACUAAAAGCAGAAAUUCUGCCAAGUGCAAUGCUUCUCUGNCUUGUGUCAAGGGUCUACCUGUGGUUCUUCCAUUUGAUAUCUGCCUCACUAAAAGCAGAAAUUCUGCCAAGUGCAAUGCUUCUCUGUAUGCAGAGAGUAGGGACUACCACAAUGAGUUGGAGCACUCUAAAGAAGAGACUGGACAAGUGCUGAGGCCAGGGAUGAUUCUCCUAAAAAAUUAUCUNUGUAUGCAGAGAGUAGGGACUACCACAAUGAGUUGGAGCACUCUAAAGAAGAGACUGGACAAGUGCUGA